AUGGGGGACCCAGGCCAGUCCCCUAGUCCCUGGUCCCCCCAUGGCAGUCCCCCAACUCUAAGCAUUCUCACUCUCCUGCUGCUCCUCUGUGGACAUGCUUAUUCUCAAUGCAAGAUCCUCCGCUGCAAUGCUGAGUAUGUAUCUUCCACUCUGAGCCUUAGAGGUGGGGGUUCACCAGGAGCCCUUCGAGGAGGAGGCCGGGGUGGAGGGGUGGGCUCCAGCGGCCUCUGCCGAGCCCUCCGCUCCUACGCGCUCUGCACUCGGCGCACGGCCCGCACCUGCCGCGGGGACCUCGCCUUCCAUUCUGCUGUGCACGGCAUCGAAGACCUGAUGAUUCAGCACAACUGCUCCCGCCAGGGCCCGACGGCCCCUCCCCCACCCCGGGGCCCCGUCUUUCCAGGCGCAGGCCCGAUCCGCGCCUCUGGCUCCCCAGCCCCAGACCCCUGUGACUAUGAAGGCCGGUUUUCCCGACUGCACCGACAACCCCCAGGCUUCUUGCACUGCGCCUCCUUCGGGGACCCUCACGUGCGCACCUUCCAUCACCACUUUCACACGUGCCGUGUCCAAGGAGCUUGGCCCUUGCUGGAUAAUGACUUCCUCUUUGUCCAGGCCACCAGCUCCCCCGUGGCAUCGGGGGCCAACGCCACCACCACACGGAAGCUCACCAUUAUAUUUAAGAACAUGCAGGAAUGCAUUGAUCAAAAGGUCUACCAGGCUGAGGUAGACAACCUUCCCGCAGCCUUUGAAGAUGGUUCUAUCAAUGGAGGUGAUCGACCUGGGGGCUCAAGUUUGUCCAUUCGAACGGCUAACCCUGGGAGCCAUGUGGAGAUCCGAGCUGCCUACAUUGGCACAACUAUAAUCAUUCGGCAGACAGCUGGGCAGCUCUCCUUCUCCAUCAGAGUGGCCGAGGAUGUGGCCAGGGCCUUCUCAGCUGAGCAGGACCUGCAGCUCUGCGUUGGGGGAUGCCCUCCGAGUCAGCGGCUCUCCCGUUCAGUGCGCAGUCGUCGGGGAACUAUAACCAUGGAUGCUGCCAGACAGCUGUGCAAGGAAGGGCUGCCGGUUGAAGACGCUUACUUUCAUUCCUGUGUGUUUGAUGUUGUCAUCUCCGGUGACCCUAACUUUACUGUGGCAGCUCAGGCAGCUCUGGAGGACGCCCGAGCCUUCCUGCCAGACUUGGAAAAACUACACCUCUUCCCCUCAGAUGCUGGGGUUCCUCUUUCCUCAGCAACCCUCCUAGCUCCACUUCUUUCUGGGCUCUUUGUUCUGUGGCUUUGCAUUCAGUAA